CCUUCAAUACUACUCAAAAAAUUACACAUAACAUGGCAUUGUUGUUGUUUCUAUUUCUUGCCACAACUCUAACAAUUUCACAGGGAUCAGACCAGGAGACUAUCCCCCACAAAGUUCACCUCCUCAGGCCACAAUCGGGUGCCGGCGGUGACCAUGUACCUGGCUUGUCAUGCCUGAGUUGGCGCCUGGGCGUCGAAACUAAUAACGUUGUUGGCUGGAUUACUGUUCCAGAAGAGUGUGAAGACUAUGUGGGACAUUACAUGUUAGGUCACCAAUACAGGAAAGACUCGAGAGUGGUAGCUAAUCAGGCUAUUCUAUAUGCUCAAAGCCUCAGCCUGGCUAGAGAUGGCAAAGAUGUAUGGCUCUUUGACAUAGAUGAGACUGCACUCUCCAAUUUGCCUUAUUUUGCUCAGCAUGGAUUCGGGGUGGAGCCAUAUAACCCCACUUUAUUCAAAAAAUGGGUAAUGGAAGGCCAAGCCCCAGCUUUGCCAGAGAGUCUUACACUGUACAAAAAGUUAUUGUCUCUUGGGACCAAGGUCGUUUUCUUAACAGGAAGACCAGAAGAUCAAAGAACUGUAACGGUUAAUAAUCUAAGAAAAGCUGGAUAUCACACUUGGGAGAAACUUAUACUCAAGGGAUCAUCUUAUUCAGGCAAAAAAGCAUUGGUAUACAAAUCGAGUGAAAGGAAGAAGCUCGAGGAGAGCGGAUAUAGAAUCAUUGGAAACAUGGGAGAUCAAUGGAGCGAUCUCCUGGGGACUAAUGUCGGCAAUAGGACAUUCAAGCUGCCUGACCCAAUGUAUUAUAUCAGUUAAUUGAAAAUCAAUGGGUUUUAUAUGA